AUGUCAUCAACUAACAGUACUAUUGGAUCUGAACCCAUUCCAUUAUUUGGAUUUCAAGAAAGACAACCUACUUCAGAAGAAAAAGCCUUGGUUGAUGAUGUAUUAAAUUUAUAUCAAUUAAAUCCCAUCUCAGCCGCUUAUGCGAGAUACGAUGAAAAAGCCACUUUCCACGAUCCUAUUGGAUUAGCUCAAGGCUUGAACAGUAUCAAAGCUCAAUUCAAUGCCAUGCCUAGUAUCUUCUCUCAAUCAGAGACAAAAGGAUUAAAAUUCUUGGAAAACCCAGAAGUCAAACCUCCUUCAGUCCAAGUCUCCCUUUCCCAGUUAUACCACUUCAAGACUGCCGGAUCUAAACUUGUCAAUUCACUGGUUACCUUCCACGUUGACCCAAGCUCCAACCUGAUCUUAAAGCACGACGAAGAAUGGGAUGCUAAACCCAACUCCACAGGAGAUGACGGAUUCUUCGGUAAGAUCAACGAAUUACGAAAGAAAUUCACAGCUUCUUCCGUUGAGGCCACCACCGAUACCACUCCAAAGGAUCAGAAGUAA